AUGUUCGCCUUGGCUAUCCUUGCAUCAUCAAGAGCCUCACGCGUCUUAAAGGUUGGACGGCAACCAUCCAGCCGCUGGCCAAUUAGACCAUAUCCAUUUCCAUUAAAGUAUUCAUCAAACGAUGAAGAGACCAACAUGAUUAGUCCAGACUUCUUAAAACAUUUAGUAGAUGCCGCUGAGAAAGAACUUAGUCGACCGUUCUAUCCAAGAUACUUCCCCAGAAACGCUGAAGAAUCAACAAUUGACCCUGACAAUUUCCCACCAUUAGUUGGUAUAGCAGUCGAUAUUGUUGGUGGGAUUAUCAUUGACAAACUAAUCGAUAGACUUCACAGGAACAGUGCCAAUGCAGAAGAGGCGUUAGAUAUUGAUUAUGACAACAUCCCAUGGGGUCCAAUUAUUAAAGGAGCCGGCAAGAUCAUUGGUAAGGCUGGAUUAGAAGAAUUAGUUAAAUGGGCUGCUGGUAAGAUUCUUCCAAACAAUUCAGUAUCCGAUUCAAUGUAUCAACCAUAUCGCUUAUAUCUCAAUGCAGAAGAGGAGUCAGAUAUCGAUUAUGACAACAUCCCAUGGGGUCCAAUUAUUAAAGGAGCCGGCAAGAUCAUUGGCGAGGCUGGAUUAAAAGAACUGGUUAAAUGGGCUGCUGGUAAGAUUCUUCCAAACGAUUCAGUAUCCAAUUCUUUUACUCCAUAUUUUCCAAGAAGACCAUUAUGGAAGGACUACUAA